CGCCCCUCUCCGACGGUAGCAUUGCAGCAGGGGCCGGCGGUCCAGGAGUCGAGACUCUUCCCGGGACCCCGGCGUCCGUUGACUACAGGACGCCCAAGGACCCCGGGGCAAGGCUAGCGGACCGCAAGAAGGGGUAGAAAGAAGGAGCCGGGCUUUGGCCUCGCUACCCCUCCGGAGGCGAGAGGCGCCAACCCCGGGGAAAAAGCCCGCGGAGCCGGCUCCCCUUCAAGGACCCGCAGGGCUGAGUCGUCCUGCCUCGUUAGUCCGCAGAACCUAGCUCUCGGGACCCAGCGGACCCCUCCUCGGACCUCAGCCCGGGAACCCCAAGGGGCAGAGAUGGUGGCGGAGGGCGUCCCCGGCAGCCUCAAGCGGGGCGCGGCCCACGGCGCGGUGGCAGGUCCCCGCUCGGAGACCCCCGGCUGCGGCGGGGGGCGGGUGCGGCGGGUGCGCUCGUGCCUGCGUGCCAACCUGCUGGUGCUGCUGACCUUGGCCGGAGUGGCGGCCGGAGCGGCCGUGGGCCUGGCCGUGGCGCGUUGGGCGCCGCCGCUGACCCGGGCGCACCAGGUGGCUUUCUCGUUCCCCGGGGAGCUGCUGCUGCGCCUGCUGCGCCUCAUUAUCCUGCCGCUCGUGGUGUGCAGCCUGGUGAGCGGCGCGGCUAGCCUGGACCCGGCCUCGCUCGGCCGCAUGGGCGGCUGGGCGCUACUCUUCUUCCUGAUCACCACGCUUCUGGCCUCGGCGCUGGGCGUCGGGCUGGCCUUCGCUCUGCGCCCAGGCGUGGGCACCCAGGCCCUGGAGGCGCAGGGCGCGCAUCUGCCCCAGACCAAGGAGGUGCUCGACUCCUUCCUGGACCUCUUCAGGAAUAUCUUUCCUGACAACCUGGUGUCAGCAGCCUUCAGAUCUUAUUCCACCGAGUACAAGCUGAAUGAGAUCAAUAUGACCACACUGAAGGAACCCAUUGGGAGGGAAGUAGAGGGGAUGAACAUUCUGGGGCUGGUGGUGUUCGCCAUGGUGCUUGGGGUUGCCCUCCGUAAGAUGGGGGCAGAAGGGGAGCUGCUCAUCCGCUUUUUCAACUCCUUCAACGAGGCCACGAUGAUAAUGGUGUCCUGGAUCAUGUGGUAUGCUCCUGUGGGCAUUAUGUUCCUGAUUGCGGGUAAGAUUGUGGAGAUGGAAGAUGUGGGCCAGCUCUUUGCCAGUCUGGGCAAAUAUGUCUGCUGUUGUAUCCUGGGACACAUCAUCCAUGGGCUGGUGGUGCUGCCGCUCAUCUACUUUGUUAUCACCCGCAAGAACCCUUACCGCUUCCUGUGGGGGAUUGUACCAGCCUUGGCCACCGCCUUUGGGACCUCUUCCAGCUCAGCAACUCUCCCACUGAUGAUGGAGUGUGUAGAGGAGAAAAACGGUGUCUCCAAACACAUUAGCCGGUUCAUCCUCCCCAUUGGAGCCACAGUGAACAUGGAUGGCGCUGCCCUUUUCCAGUGUGUGGCUGCUGUCUUCAUCGCCCAGCUAAACAAUGUACCCCUCAAAUUCAUCCAAGUCAUCACGAUCCUCAUCACUGCCACAGCCUCGAGUGUGGGCGCAGCUGGCAUUCCUGCAGGGGGUGUACUGACUCUGGCCAUCAUCCUGGAAGCCAUCAGUUUGCCUACCAAAGACAUCUCCUUCAUCCUGGCUGUGGACUGGCUAGUGGACCGCUUCUGCACCAUCAUCAACGUGGAAGGGGAUGCCUUUGGAGCUGGCCUGCUUCAGUGCUAUGCGGAGCACAAUGAGGCAGGCCUGGGGAGUCUAGGGCCUGAGCUGGCAGAAGUCAAAGAUGAUGCCUCUGUGGUCCCCCUGUCCCCUGAGGCUGACCCCCUCAUUCUCAAGACGGUCAAGUUUGGUGGCCCUGCUGGGGACGCAAACAGCUGUGAGGAGGAGUCAGUCAUGUAAAGCUGGGGCCCCCAGAAAGAUGUAGAGACAAUACUUUUUGGAGGGGGUUCCUUUCCCACACUCCAGUGGCCCAGGUGUGCCAGCCCUCCCUUUCUGGGCUACAUAAACAGUUUGCUGCUGCUGGGGAGGGUCAGUUCAAACCCAUGGCCUAUCUCCCCCAUUCUCUCCCCUUUGGGACCCUGACUGGUUGUGUUCUGGAGGCAGCUUCUAGGGUCCAGAGAAAGGGCUGGGUUGACAGAUGGGCACUUCUAACUUCCUUUUGCUGCCUGGGGACCUCGAGUUGGACAAUUUGGCUCCCCUUGCUGACCAAAGUUUUUGGUGUCUUCUCCCACCUACCUCCACACCCCUUGCAGGCCGAAUGUGCUAAUGUGUGCGCUCUCCUCCGCCUGUCCUCAGGACACACUGUUCUGGCCCCUGUUCUUGGGCCAUCAGAGCCAGAGUGACAGCAGCAUCUGAGGGCUGGGGGGAGGGGAGCAGAUCUGGCCCCCAGCCUAUUCCCUAGUUAGGUUGGGGAGGGGUCUGGUCCAAGGCA